AUGGCCUCUCUAGAACCCCGCCGUCGACCGAGAGCUCGGUUCGAAGAAGAGAACGACGAAUCUUCACUAUCGGAAUCGCCGAAACGGCAACGGCUUGAUACAAAUGGAACCUUAUCGGAUGAGGACGGGAAUGAUCAAAGUGACGAUGGUGAUUUGCCGCGGGGACGGGUUAAGAGUUCACCUAGUAGCACAGGAGAAUUUCAAACUGGUGCUAUAGUCAGAGUUUUGGUCGAGGAUUUCGUUACCUACGAACAUGCCGAGUUCAAUCCUGGCCCAAAUCUCAACAUGGUCAUCGGCCCUAACGGCACUGGCAAGAGUUCCCUAGUAUGCGCAAUCUGCCUUGGUUUAGGUUUCCACCCGAGACAUCUCGGCCGGGCAAGCAACUUGGGAGAGUUUGUAAAACAUGGGAAAGAGACUGCUAUAGUGGAGAUCGAAUUACAAGGCCAACCAGGCGAGCUAUCCAACCAUGUAAUUCGACUACAGAUCCGUAAAGAAGACAACAAGACGAAGUGGUGGAUUAAUGGGAAAGAGAGUACACAUAGUGCUGUUAAGGCCCUUACGAACAGUUUGCGCAUUCAAAUCGAUAACCUAUGCCAAUUUCUGCCUCAGGAUAGGGUUGCCGAAUUUGCCGGUCUCACUCCUGUACAACUUCUCCACGAGACCCUACGAGCUGCUGCGCCCGAAGAGAUGAUCACUUGGCACAACCAACUGAAGGAGCUGCACAAGAAACAUAAAGAGGUCAAAGGUAGACUUGAUGCGUGCGCCGAGACUUUGAAAGGUCACGAGACACGCCAACAAGGAUCGCAGGCCGACGUAGAUAGAUUGCGGGAAAGAGAAGCAAUCCAGAAGAAGAUACAAGACCUCCAGAGCGCCCGCGCUAUUGCUGAAUAUAACCAUCUUCGUCGCAUGGUAACCGAAGCGAAGGAAAAAACCAGAGAGGCUACAAACAGGCUGCAAGAGCUGGAACAAGCCUGUGGACCUGCCUUGCAGGCUGUUAAUCGAAAGCAAGAGUAUCGGCAACGGAUCGAGGCCGUAGUCGCAGAGCGAAAGAACGCGCUGAAGCAUGCCGAGAGCGCAUGUGACCGACUUAUGCAAAAUCUCGAAGCACAGGAAGAACAAAUCAAGCAUCUCCAAAAUAAGAAGAAUGCGGAGGAAGGAUCUCAUAGCUCCAAGAGAGCUGAUCUUGGGAAAAUUCGCAGAACAAUCACGGAUCUCGAGGCUAAACUGCAGAAUAAGCCACCCGAGUUUGUUGCUUCUGAUUGGAAUCAGAGAAUCCGGCAACAAGAGCAUAUAAUGCGCGAGAAUGAAGCAGAGAGGCGUACAUUGCGCGAGCAGUUUGACGAGCUGAAGACUCGAAGUAAUAGGCAGAGACAAGAGAAGGAGCAGCGUGAGAAGGACUUAGCAGCACUAAACUCCCAAGAGGGUCAGAAGCUUGUUCAUCUAAGAAAGGUCCACCCAGAUGCCGCAAAGGGCUGGGAAUGGCUCCAGGAAAAUCAAAAUGAAUUCGAGAAAGAAGUCUUUGGUCCGCCGAUGCUCAACUGCUCCAUCACAAACCAGCAGUACUCGGACCAAAUCCAGGCUCUCCUAGCUACGGAAGACUUCUUUUGCUUUACCUGUCAAACCCGUAACGACCACAAGAAACUGAGCGCACAGUUUUUUGGGAAGCUAGGCAUUUCGGUGACGAUCAGGACUUGUGGUAGCGAUUUCUCUUCGUUUCGACCGGUCAUCCCUACAGAACAAAUUCGGGCGAUGGGUCUUGACGCAUAUGCUAUCGAGUAUCUAGAAGGUCCGGAGCCCGUCCUCGCGAUGCUCUGUUCCGAAAAGAGAUUACAUACAUCCGGGGUUGCUCUUCGGGAUAUCAGUAAUGACCAAUAUGAGCUUAUAGCAAGCCGUGACGGGAUACAUAGUUGGGCUUGUGGCCCACUGAUGUAUCGAAUUACGAGACGCAAAGAAUAUGGCAACGCAGUCUCAACCACCACAAGAAAAAUUCAACCGGGUCGCUUCUGGACAGAUCAGCCUGUGGAUCAAGCUGAAAGAACCGCACUGCAAAGGCGUAUUGACGAAGCGAAUGAAGAGUACGAGGAGAUUCAAAGACAAGGGUCACAAAUCAAGACACGUAUCGCAGAAAUAGGGGAGUCUGAAAAGCCGAUCCGUGACAAGAUAGAAUUAUUGAGGAAAGAGAAGAACGAGUUGCAGAAAGCUGCCACACAAUAUGCAACUCUUGGAGAUAAAAUCGCAACCGAGAAGAGAGCCCUAGAGAGCACACAGAAAGACCUUGCGGAUUGCCGGAAGCGGAUAUUCGAGUAUAGCGCCCAAGAGGAUCAGCUUAUCCUCGAAAAGGCUCGGUCUGCUCUAAAACACAAGGAGCAGCUUUCUCAGAUUCGCGACGCCCACCAAGCGCUGCUAGAGGCUCAGAUCCGCCUCAUUGAAGCCCAAUCGGACGUGAAGGGUUUAGAAGAGCAGAACGCCAGCAUCAAACGACAGCUCGAUGAAAAGAAGGACGAGAUUGCCAAUGCUAAAGCCGAAGCGGAAAGGAUGAGAGCCGCAGCAGCAGUUGCAAGAGCUAAAGUGGUAGAGGCCGUCGGUGAGGGUGGUUCUGAGCGGCUUGCUUAUCUGACUAGUUUGGUGGAGGAUAAAACCACAGAAGAUGUCGAACAUGAGAUCGGUGCCGAGUCUACUAAACUCGAACUGAUCCAUGGGGUCGACCCGGCGAUCCUUCGGCAGUACGAGAAGCGUGCGCAGGAAAUCGAGGACCUGACGCGCAAGAAGGAAGAACUAAACGCGAAGCUCGAGUCGUACGUAAGGAGGAUCACGCAUAUCAUGGAACAAUGGGAGCCCGGCGUGGAUGGCGUCAUCGGCAAGAUCAACGACGCUUUUAGCUACAACUUCGAGCAGAUCAACUGCGCGGGCGAGGUCAACAUUCACAAGGACGAGGACUUUGAACAGUGGGCCAUCGAGAUCAAGGUCAAAUUCCGCGAAAACGAAACCCUCCAACAACUAAACCAGCACCGUCAAUCGGGCGGCGAGCGAGCCGUGUCGACGAUAUUCUACCUGAUGGCGCUGCAGAGCAUGGCACAGGCGCCGUUCCGGGUGGUGGACGAGAUUAAUCAGGGCAUGGACCCGCGCAACGAGCGCAUGGUGCACGAGCGCAUGGUCGAGAUCGCCUGCCGCGAGCACACGAGCCAGUACUUCCUCAUCACUCCCAAGCUGCUCACCGGCCUGCGCUACGACGAGCGCAUGCGCGUCCUGUGCAUCGCCUCCGGCGAACACAUGCCCCCCGCCGAGGAUGCCAAGAAGCUCGACUUCGCGAACUUGGUUAAGAUUCAGAGGAGGUUGGUCGCUUCUGCAGCGUAG